UUAAAUGUGUGUUCACUGUUUUCUUAUUUAUACCUUGUUUACCAUUGUUAUUAAAGGACAGGCUCACAGUUUUAAUGUUUGUCUUAAAACAGGUUCCCAUCUGAUCGCUGAAAGCUUGCUUCUUGCAAUCAUUCCUCCUGUCCAUGCUCGCCAUUAAAAGAUCCCAUUCUAGUGCUCUUCCGGUGUAAGUGAUAGGACGCAAAAUCCACAGUUGUAUGGUGCAGAAAUACACUCAAAACUUGAGCUGUUGUUAACGUGGGGCUCAGCAGUCCGAGUCAGAUUAAUCAAGCGGUUAAUCUUCCAAAAAGUACAAAAUUCCCUCUGUGUUUUCCCAAAGUGUUUUGGGCUGUGGUGGAGGGACAGUAACACAAAGUGGUGGGUUCACACUAAAAAAACAAACUUGAGUAGAUCUCCAUUUCAGCCUGCUGAAGUCUGUCAUAUCAGCCUCAGAUGAGCUUGAGAAUAGUAUUUUUUUUUACAACAAAAACUUUCAGUAUACAUGUGGGCCCCUUACUACUGUGUGAAUCUCCUUUAAACUCAGAAAACCACUCUCACUGGAGGCUUUAGUUUUUACAGUCUAAGAAGUUGUCUGGAACUACGGUUUGGGCUUAAACACACCAACACCAAUGGGGCAGUUGUACCCACACGUAAAAACACUGUAACCCCAUUGGAAUGUGUUAAAGUCAAAUAAGAAGAAUGAAAAAAAGAGAGAAAAAAGGUUGUGCAAUGCAUGAUUGUAAACUCAACAUUUUAGUCAGUUCUGCAGAAAAAACACAGUAAAUGCAGUUUUUAAGUGCCUGAUAUUCAGUAGGGAAGAUACAACUGCUGCCACAACAGUAAAAGGCUAUGCGCACUGUGCUAAUACAGACAGAAACGCCUUUAUGGUCACGCAGGGAGCUUGAGUAGGUGCAAUGUGUAGAUUUGUCCACAAGGUGGAGCCCUUUAACCAAGAGAGGGAGCGCGCGACAGUUGAGGCAGACUACAACCAACGUAAAGCAACAGGCGGACGUUGUUGACACGGGAUCCCAGUCUAGUUAAGAAAGCCUACAUAUAGUAGUGCAUUUGUUAUUGAUCACCUGACCAUGGCGAGGCGAAAUGUUAUUGGCUGCUGAGCCCUUUUUGAUUGAGUUAUCUGAGGUCAGUAGUGGAUGGCAAAAGAUGGUGAACUUGGUGGUUUCUUGUGACCUUCAUUUGUCAGCCUUUGUCCUGAUGUUGUUUGGUUCCAGCAGGUGAGUUUAUUUAUGUAUUUGAUAAAAUAUUUGUUUGUUUAUUCACGAACUUAUUAGAUUUUAAAUUCUACAUACACUGUGAGGCUGGGUGUGUCCCGGUUUGACAAAAUUGCUUUCUUUCGUUCACAUACAGUAUUUUCUUCAGUAUUCUGUGUAAGCUAAGCCCAAGGGUAAUGUUGUCGUCUUUCUCUCUCUCUCUCUCUACACACACACAAUAACAGCAGCCAGGUUGCAGCCAUGGCAACGCCACCGGUGCGCUGUUAUCCUAAAGUGUUGUGAAUGGAAAGCAGAGGGCCGUUGCUGCUUUGAACUCCACAUUCCUUCCUCCGCCGCCGCCCAGUCUCGCCGGGAGGUUCAAGGUUCGGGAGUGUCCGUCCAUCCGCCCCCCCCCCCCCCACACACACAAUCCGUCUGUCCGUCUUUGUCUGCCGGCGAUGGACGAGGCGGAAGACGGCGAGGAGGAGCCCAAAUUCCAGCAGCCACGACCACCUCAAGUACCCAGCUUGACCGGAUGCGAGGAUCAUGGGAGCAGCGGAGGAACCAAGAUGAAGAAAUUUACGCCAGGAGGCGGAGCCGCGUCCAUUGCGCGCAAAAACUCCAACAACAAUGAGCUCUGGCUCUUGCAAGACGAGGACUCCGCACCUCUCAGUGCCAGUGGCAGCACAGCCCCCACUCUGUCACGCCAGAGGGAUGCUGCUGGCGGUCGAGACGGCUCAGAGUCAGACCACAGGAGUGGAGGAGACACAGUGUCAGAGGCGGGAGUGAUAGGAGAGGGAGCUAUCGGUAUGAUAUGCAACAAAAACGGAGAUUGUAGAAGGGACCCGACCAGUUCAGGGAGUCUCUCCUCUCUCAUCUCAAGACAGGAGAAGCAGGCAGAUGGAGUAGUAGCGGCAGCAGAAGACGGCAAGGGGCAGGCUGCGAGCAUGGACGGCUCUGUCACUUCACCGGGGUCCCUGACACAGGGGCCCGGGGCCGAGGUCAAGACAGCGGCGGCAGCGAUGGAGAAGAAGGACUCCAGAGUUUCCUUCUCCAAUGCCCCAACCAGUAAAGGACAGACUCCGAGUCAGCAGUCGAGAAAUUCUGUCACAUUCUCCAAAGCCGAGGACGGCUCUCAGAUAGUGCCGGACGAUGGAGAUGCCAGGGGGAAUCAGACUUACAUGCAGCGACAGUUCAGUUCCAUGCUUCAGCCCGGAGUUAACAAAUUCUCCCUGCGCAUGUUUGGCAGCCAGAAGGCAGUGGAAAAAGAGCAAGAGCGCGUAAAGUCAGCGGGUAAUUGGAUUAUCCACCCAUACAGCGACUUCAGGUUCUACUGGGACUUCACCAUGCUGAUGUUCAUGGUGGGCAACCUGAUCAUCAUCCCUGUGGGCAUCACCUUCUUUAAGGACGAGACCACCACGCCCUGGAUCAUCUUCAACGUGGUGUCUGACACCUUCUUCCUCAUGGACCUGGUCCUCAACUUCAGGACGGGCAUCGUGUUUGAGGACAACACCGAGAUCAUCCUCGACCCCAAAAAGAUCAAGAAGAAGUACCUGAAGAGCUGGUUUGUGGUGGACUUUGUCUCGUCAAUACCUGUGGAUUAUAUCUUUCUCAUCGUGGAGAAAGGGAUCGACUCAGAGGUGUACAAGACGGCCAGGGCGCUCCGCAUUGUCCGCUUCACUAAGAUCCUCAGUCUGCUGCGCCUGCUGAGGCUGUCCAGACUCAUCCGUUACAUCCACCAAUGGGAGGAGAUCUUCCACAUGACCUAUGACCUGGCCAGCGCUGUGAUGCGAAUAUUCAACCUGAUUGGUAUGAUGCUGCUGCUGUGUCACUGGGAUGGCUGUCUCCAGUUCCUUGUUCCCAUGCUACAGGACUUUCCAUCUGACUGCUGGGUCUCCCUCAACAAGAUGGUGAAUGACUCAUGGAGCGAGCUCUACUCCUUCGCCCUCUUUAAGGCCAUGAGCCACAUGCUGUGCAUUGGAUAUGGAAGACAAGCUCCAGAGAGUAUGUCGGACAUCUGGCUGACCAUGCUCAGUAUGAUCGUAGGAGCCACCUGCUACGCCAUGUUCAUCGGCCAUGCCACUGCGCUCAUCCAGUCUUUGGACUCGUCUAGACGGCAAUACCAGGAAAAGUACAAACAAGUGGAGCAGUACAUGUCCUUCCACAAACUACCGGCCGACUUCCGACAGAAAAUCCAUGACUACUACGAGCACAGGUACCAAGGCAAGAUGUUUGAUGAAGAGAGCAUCCUGGAGGAGCUUAAUGAGCCUCUGCGCGAGGAAAUUGUAAACUUCAACUGUCGUAAGCUGGUAGCGUCCAUGCCGCUGUUUGCCAAUGCUGAUCCCAACUUUGUGACUGCCAUGCUGACCAAACUGAGAUUUGAAGUCUUCCAACCUGGAGACUACAUCAUCAGAGAGGGCACCAUCGGCAAGAAGAUGUACUUCAUCCAGCAUGGGGUGGUCAGCGUCCUGACCAAAGGAAGUAUUGGCAUGAAGCUGAUGGAUGGCUCCUACUUUGGAGAGAUCUGUCUGCUGACCCGAGGCAGACGGACGGCCAGUGUGCGAGCGGACACCUACUGUCGCCUGUACUCUCUCUCUGUGGACAAUUUCAACGAGGUGCUGGAGGAGUACCCCAUGAUGAGGAGGGCCUUUGAGACAGUUGCCAUUGACAGAUUGGACAGGAUAGGCAAGAAGAACUCAAUCCUGAUGCACAAAGUUCAGCAUGAUCUGAACUCAGGUGUUUUCAACAACCGGGAGAAUGAGAUGAUCCAGGAAAUAGUCAAAUACGAUCGGGAGAUGGUUCAACAGGUGAAUGUGCCACGACCGCGAGCCAUGUCCAUGACAUCUCCUCUACACGGUGGGAUCUUUACCCCUCCGGGUUCCUCCACCCAGCCUCAGAAUUCUGCAAUCGCCACCCUGCAGCAGGCUGUAGCCAUGAACUUUUGUCCCCCCAUGCAAGGGAACUCAAUGGGAGCAGGGAACCUGCAGUCCCCCAGGAUGGUUAGGAGAUUCCAGGUGAUGCAAAGUGUAUCCAGCCCUGUCCCAGCUUCACCCCUUCAGUCUCAGCUCCUUGCUUCUGGUGCCUUUGCUCCGGUCCUGUCCAGCCCCCCUGUCCAGAGCCCACUGGCAGUUGGAGGACGAUCAUUCCAGUAUGGGUCUAGUGCCCUGGCUGGUCCCACCUCAGGCUCCCAGCUUUCUCUUACCCAGCAGCACACAGCCAGCCCAGCACACCGGCUCAGCACACAUAAGAGCACCCAUUCCUUGCAAAUGGGCAGUCUGAGCCAAGACGCCAGGGCGCUGUCAGCCUCUCAGCCCUCACUGCCCCAUGAGGUGGCACAACCAGGCGCCCCUAGUCCACCCCAAUCUACACGAGUCUCCUCCACCUCCAUUGGACCCCCUCAGGCCGCAUCAAGUCACACAGGCGUCCGGAGCGCUAUACCACAUAGGGUGGUACUGCCCCACCAAAUGUCUGUAGGGGCCUUCCCUGUAGCAUCCCUGCCUGGUUCUGGGCAGAGUUUUGGGGCUGCUGCAGGUCUGGCGGUGGGAGGUGUGGGAGCAAGUCUGGGGGAAUCAGGACUACCCAAGAAGGACUCUAUAGUGAGCCUUCCUGAGACAGACCACAUCAAAGUCAGAUCCAGGCUAUCCUCAAACUUGUGAUCUUAAUUAAACUCUUCUGGGGGAGUGACUCAGUGAGGGGCUUGACUGCAGGAACAUGGGAGGGUUUCUGUCCUCCCUCCUACAGUUCAUCUUCUCUCUACCCACUCCAGUUUGACUAUCCGAAUGUAUGAAUGUUGAGUGAGUGGCAGCAAGGGAAAUCUGAGAGGAGACUGUUAUAACAAAAUAAAGUCUGUAUGGUGACUUUUGAAUCUGCAGCAUCGAGAUGUUUCUACUCACAGAUGAAGUAGAUGCACAGAACAGUAGUGGUAAAGUAGCAUCUGCCCACCUCCCCCUCCUUUAUUUAUUGUAUUUCACAAUAUAGCCAACAACAUACAGGCAUAUCCCCUUCACUUCCCCUUUCAUCCAUCUCAUGUAAUGCAAACCUGGGGUUGGAUGGGACUAAAAGAAAAUCAGGGACCUGCUUCAGAUUUCAGAAGUUGGGCACUUGUGUUGUUAUGUUGUUUAACUACUGUAUCUACCACAUUUUGUCAUUUGGCUGGCUGUGAAAGACAAUCUCCCCACAAAUGCAUAAUAAUUGUGGUUUUAAAAAAAGAUAAAAAGUUAAAAUUGGUGUGUUUUUCCUGUUUUAUUUUUUAAAUAUCCAUUCAAACAGAUCAUUAGACCAAAUUUUUAAGCACAAAAUUGGACUUGACUACCUUUAUUCCAGUGUUUUAAGCCAUAUUUUCCCCAGGCUAUUGAUAUGAAUGGUUUAACAAGUACAUUUAUAAAUCAAACUGGCAUUGGCCAGAAUCUAGUUGGCCUCUUUUGUAAGUCUUCCCUGCCUCUGAUAGUCUCCACGGGUAAACAUGUGAGGCUGUAGGAUCUUCAGAUCACAGAUGAUGAAUAUCCUUCAAACUGAAAUUACAGCUGUGGCACAAAUUGUCUUGUUCCAGCCAAGCCAUCGAUUUCUACAGGAAAUGUCUGCACAUUUGUUUACUUUAAAGCUGCAUUAAUCAAUAUUUUUAUAUUAACAGUGAAUCAGAUGACUAAGUGCAAUGUGAAGGGAAUAUUGAACACAUAGAGAAUGAUCACUCAGCUUGGCUUUAGCUUCUUUUAGCCCAAUAUUUUGUUUUUAAGACCCACAGAUUUAUGGUACAGCUCAGCUCUCCUCAGCGUUCUUUCCAGACUCAACAAACAACUGUUUAGGACAAAAAAGCUACAGUAAGUUAUUAUGAAUAACGUGUGACCUGCACAGCAGCAACUGCAGAAAAACAAAAUUAACAUUUAGCAAGCUAAAGCUUGAGCCAGAUAUUCUCCUCAGGAGUUGAUAGAGACCAAACCAGAGCUAAGUGGCCUGUCAGGUGGAAACAAAAAUUAACUCUAGUGGGAUGAUAAUGUUGCUCAGGUCAGCUGGAGGUGUUUUUUGCUAACACUUUUGCUCUGGCGACUGUGUGCCUAUUAGCUUGUUUUGGAGUUCUUCCCCAAAGCGCGAAAAAAAUUUAUUAAUGCAGCUUUAAAAUUCAUGAGUAAACAAGGUCUAAUAAGAAAUAUACCUGAAUAAAUUCCACUUCCUCUUAAAAGCAGAUUUGAUUUCUGCAGUAGUGGGGUUUAUGGUCUGUUGUCAUGUGAGUAGUAAUAUCCCACACUUGGUGAAAGUAUUCUAUUGUAUCUUAGAAAUGAUAAUUCACUGCCAGUUAAUUAUCAGGACUUUUAUACCAGUCAAAAUGUAAAACCAUUCAAAUUCACAUAAUCAAAAUGUAAAUUCAUCCUUUUUAAACCCUGAAUCUCACAUUUCUUGCAGCAGCAGUUUGGGCAAUGUGUCACUAUGCCAAAGUCAAUUCAUAGAGAUAAUGAAACUCCUGCAAAGCUCAGCCCUACUGUAAAUGCUACAGUCUUGAUCAGCAGCCAAGGACAGUGCAGAUACUUUGCAGGAUGUAUAAUGCAGUGUGCCUCUGUCAUUAAUGCCUCAAUAAGAGUUCAUCGAAUGCCGCUGAUUUGUGUCCAAAAGCAUUAGGAAGAGAACCUUUUCUCUCCGGACCUGACAUUCUUAUUCACCUCGUCUCACUAAUGCCUGAACCAUUACUGGGUAAUGAGAGUGGAAAUUGGAAUCCCUCGGGUCUGUUUGGGACUGUUACUAUUCUCCUUCGAUUGGAUUUCAUUAUACAGUGCCAAUAACGAGUUCCUAUCCUGAUGAUCAUUUUGCAUUUUCAUUUUGUUUAGUUUCACAGUUCCUGUGUUGUUGUCCUCCACCUUGAGAGUUCUGAGCGGGACAAAGUUGAAGGUUUAUAAGUAUUUUUAUACGGUGUUUUUGAGGUGUGUUUUUGUUCUAUGCCCAAAUUAUGCCCUGUGGAACCUAUUUGGAUGCUCAAAAAUAAUUAAUAUACAUUGUUAUUAUGAGAAUAGUCUUUUACUGAACUUCACAUUGUGUCCUGGAGGUGCUGUCUCAGGACAGCAAAUGCAUUUAGUGAUGGUGGUAGUUUACAGACAUUUUUUUCUGGAAAGCACGCAGUAGAUGAAGACAGCGAGAAGGAGAAAGAGAGGGGACUGAAACAAGUCAAUAGCUGAACUCAAACCAUAAUCAGAUAUUAGUAACUCAAGGUAAAUGAUACAAACUCAACCCCACAAUUUAAUAAAAGCUCAAAAAUAAACAGAGUGAAACCAAAGUUUCAAGGCCUGGGAUUUAUUUAUUUUUUGUAUGCAGAUCUUUCAGGAUGUUAAGGUAUGAACAUCAUUUCACAGACUCAAUCAUUCACUCUGACUAAAUGUACAAUCAGAGAAUAAUACACUAAACUCAUUCAGUCAUUACUUAAUUUCGUCUGAAAGUGAAGUUUAGCAUACAAAGCAAUAACUGUUUCAAAAAGAGUGUGUGGUCACUAUAUGCAAAUGAUGUUCUGUUGUAUCAUUGAGAUGUUCACAGAGAUGCAAUAUUUCACAUCUUGGAUUGAUUUCCCAAACUAUAAUGAGAAUUUGUUUAAAGUCUGUUUUUGGAAGAAUGUGAGCAGAUAUCCAGUUUUAAAAUACACUUCUCAGUGACAAUGAGUUGAUUGACAUGGUUGUUAUUUCUAUGUGUAAACACAGUGUGCAUCAUGUAAAUCAGACUACUUAUUUAUUUAGCCUAGUUUACUGUAACUGUAGACAUACAAAAAAAGUUUCAAAAAGGAACAUCUUUUUAAUCUUUGAUGAAAUGCAUAUUAGCGUCUGGUAUGAACCGAUAUUACUUGAACAUAAUAAUUAAAGCAGAACAAAACUAUUUGCAUUACAGAGGAUGUAUCACUCCUUUUUCUACAGUCGCUCACAGUACCGCCCACAGUUUGUAUAUAAUCCUGUGCCAGUUGCUGUGAGGUCUGCAUGGUUUCUUCUCUUGUGUAUGCUUUAUUUAUUUAAUUAUUUUUUUCUAACCUCACAUCCCAGUCCAUUUGCAGAUCCUGUACCUUUGACCAAUGCUGCUUUCUGAUUUAUUUUUCUGUCUAUGCCGUUAACUCUGCUACCAAAAUAGCAUGUUACCCAGAACUCUAAAUGCACUUUUCAGUCUGUUUGCAACUUUACAAACAUGUAUAGUGUUAUGUAAAUGUUACAACAACUCAGCUGUUCCAACUUUUUCACUACACCCCCCAGGCUUUGGUAAGGAUGGCAUCUGGGCCACACACACACAUAGACGCAGCAGAAGCCGCAUCAAUACAAGCAUCUGUAUUUACCAAGUUGUGUGCUUUCAAAAUGCUGUUUUCAAAAAGAGUCUUCUUCAUUUUUCCUAUCUUCAAUGCUACAGCUUCUCCAGAGUUAACACUAUUUUCCAUUCAAAUUUUUGUUCAGAUGUGUCUUUGGGUUCGUCAUCGACAGUAAAGCAUGGAGAUCAGAGCGUUUAAAAUGUUUACUUACAAGGGCUGUUCAUCUGAAUUGAGCGAGGAUGUGAUUUUGUGUCUCUACCUUUGUCACAAAUGUACAUUUACGUUAAUGAGCUCAGAUGUUUUCUCUCUUAUUGAAUAAUAAUGACUACACCAACACUAAAACAAUAUAUAAUGCACUUUUUAAUACUAUAAUACAAUAUGACUCAAUGCCAAACAGUAAUCGGUCAGCAUCUAUUUAUUUCCUUCACAUCCCUGCUUUUUGUUGGCCUAACUCUUCUGUACUUUCUUUCUCAGAUCCCAGACCAGUUAGCGUCAAUAAUACAGAGACUUAGUACAAAGCCAAUACCAAAACCAAUCAAUACCUUAACACUACAGACACAUGUAGGCCAGCUAACGUACACUGAGAUCCUCACCACAACCCAUGAAUUCCCAUGAAGCAGACAGACGAUCUCAGGCGGUCACUCUCUGUCAUUUCAGUCUGUCAGGGACCUGAUUUUCUUUUCUUGAGUCACUUUACAAUUGUCACAUCCCAUUAUCAUGUACUGUGCAUACCUAGUGCCUAGCAUAUAUUGUAGUCUCCACAUACAUGUACUAUAUUCUCUGUGUGUGUGUGGCUGUAAAAAGAAAUACAAGCUCCUCACAAUGCAAACAUCACUGUUGGUUAUAUCCCACUGCAAUACAUGUAAAAAAGGAAAAUCAAUAAACUGUAUUUGAUUAUGA